AUUUUUGUGUGGACUUAAGUUUGCAGCUCAAUUGGGUAAAUACAUAGGAGGACAAUUGCUGAAUUGAAAGAGAGAAAUUUCAUCAUCUGUGCAAUCUUCUUGAAGCAAGCUGAGACCAGAGGGAGGAUCAUUCUUGACCCUUGAAGAUCAAGACUAAACUUAAAAUGUUCUUCAAGGAAGAAGGAAGCUUUACUUACACUUUGCUGAUAAUUUGUUUUCUGACACUAAGGCUGUCCGCCAGUCAGAAUUGCCUCACCAAGAGUCUAGAAGAUGUUGUCAUUGACAUUCAGUCAUCUCUUCCUAAAGGAAUCAGAGGCAAUGAACCCAUACAUACAGUAACUCAAGAAGAUUGCAUCAAUUCAUGCUGUUCAACAAAAAACAUAUCAGGAGACAACGCAUGUAACCUCAUGAUCUUCGACACUCGAAAAACGACUGGACAACCCAACUGCUACCUAUUUUUCUGUCCCAGUGAGGAAGCCUGUCCACUGAAACCAGCAAAAGGACUUAGGAGUUACAGAAUAAUCACAGAUUUUCCGUCUUUGGCCAGAACUGGUUUGCCAAGCCAAGAGUUAGCCCAAGAAGAUUCUCCCCUGCACAGCCAGCCUUCACAAGCAGUUGCUCCCUUAAUGGCUCACCUGGCAGUUUAUUCAAAGCCCACAGAUGUCUCAUGGAGAAAUGCACCUUCUCAAAAGCUGGGGUCCUCAAAUCACUCGGAAAAACUACUCAAGAUUGACCAAGUGAGUACCCAGCUCUCUGUUGAUAAAGAAAAAGGCCAUUCUUGGAGCUCACAGCUGUCCUCAGAACGAGAAACAGCCCAUCUGCUGCCUGAAAACGUGACAGCGUCCCCAGCGACAGUAGCAUUUGCUUCUCUACCUGCCACCUCGGCUCCUCCUGAACCUGCAGCUCCUCUACCUACUAAUGCUUCAGGGACACCUCCUGGGAUCACUCGGCCAUGGAUGGCAGCCCCAGCUCUGCCUGCUCAGCCACGGCUGGCCACCACAGCUCCACCUGUAACCGUUGUGUCUUCUCAGCCUCCGCCGGGCCUCAUUUCCACAGCUUUUACACAGGCUGUGGUUACACCCCAAGAGAUGGCCACCACGGCAGUUCCAACUACCACUUUUCAGACACCUACAGACUUGAAAGGCACCCCGGAAACAGUGCCCUUUAGUGAUGUCUCCAACCUAACUUUGGACACGGGGGUUGUGCAGAACGCUGCCACCCUUUCGUUGUCACAUGUGGAGUCUGCUGCUACAAAUAAAACUGCUUCCCAGGACACUGGGAAGGCCAGUCCAGGCAGUUCCUCACUGGGCAGUGUCCUAGCAAACCCAAACGGCCUUCCCUUUGAAAAGUGGCUGCUCAUUGGGACCCUGCUCUUUGGCGUUCUGUUCCUGGUGAUAGGCCUUGUCCUCGUGGGUAGAAUUCUCUCAGAAUCCCUCCGCAGGAAACGUUAUUCCAGACUUGAUUAUUUGAUCAAUGGGAUCUAUGUUGAUAUCUGAGGCUGAAACUCAGUGGUCUCUUAAACCGUUUAGAACUAGGAGCCCAAAUGCAGUGAAUUUCUGCUGAUUUGCUGAUCUUAGCUGGAAGUUGUAUUUUGAAGACAGGAAAAUGCCCCUUCUCCUUUCUUUGUAUUUGUUUUUUGGGGAGAAGGGAGAGGAACCAAAUUGGGUUAUUUAGGUGAUCUGCCUCUGAAACAUUAGCUGAAAACAAAGGUCUACCUAAAGUACUAAAGUAUAAUUGCCAUAUAAAUUAGAAUAUUCGACUGGCUUUUUAUACAAGGAAAAAGAUUAGGACAUGGAGGUUCUAAUCCAUUAAUAUUUUUGGUUCCAGAUAAAAUCAACUGUUUAUUAUAUUAGUUCUAAUGGAUCCAUUUUCCUUUUUAUAUGAAUUCCAAUAAAACUUAUUCCAGAUGUAUUUCUUUCCAAUUAAAUAUUUGAAUAAACCA